GCCUCGGGACUGGCGGGCAGGCGCUCCGGCAGAGGAUGCGGGCAUAGGGGCGCGCGCCCCGGUGCCGCUGCCCGCGGCCCCCGAGCUCCCUCCCGGGCUGCCUGCGCGACCAUGGCGCGGAGCCUCCGGAGCUGGCUGGGCAGCUGCCUCCUGGUGUCAGCCUUAGGAAUGGUGCCACCUCCUGAAAAUGUCAGAAUGAAUUCAGUUAACUUCAAGAACAUUCUACAGUGGGAGUCACCUGUUUUUCCCAAGGGGAAUCUGACUUUCACAGCUCAGUACCAAAGUUAUAGGAAAUUCCAAGAUGUGUGCAUUAGUACUGUCUUGACGGAAUGUGAUUUCUCAAGUCUUUCCAAGUACGGUGACCACACCUUGCGAGUCAGGGCUGAAUUUGCAGACAAGCAUUCAGACUGGAUAAACAUCACCUUCUGUCCUGUGGAUGACACCAUUAUUGGACCUCCCGGAAUCCAAGUAGAAGCACUUGCCAAUUCUUUACAUAUGCGUAUCUUAGCCCCGAAAAUUGAGAAUGAACCUGUAACGUGGACCAUGAGGAAUAUUUAUAACUCAUGGACUUAUCAUGUGCAAUAUUGGAAAAAUGGCUCUGAUGAAAAGUUUCCAGUUACUGGGCAAUAUGACUUCGAGGUCCUCCGAAAUCUUGAGCCACAGACAACUUACUGUGUUCAAGUUCGAGGGUUUCUUCCUGAUCGGAACAAAACCGGAGAGUGGAGUGAGCCUGUCUGUGAGCAGACAGCAACUGACGAAGUCCUCCCGGAAGCAAGGCACUGAUCUGGGGGCUACAGAAGUACUAAGGAGAGGAAUAAAGUACUCCCUCCUGAGAGAGAGAGAGCGAAACGUCUCAUCUUCUGUGUCCCUGUAGUUUUGAGGCAGUUGCAGUGCUGCUUUCACAGUAAUUCGUUUCAGCUUAUCAAGUUCUUCUGGAUAACGUUGGUUUUCAUCAUUAAACAUGUUUCUCACCCAGUUUUGCUUUGUCUCAUCAACUGAUUUGCUGGGAUGAGCCUCAGGAUCUUUACCACUGUGUUGUUCAAACAGUUGGUGUGUCUGGGAUACACCUUCCUCUAGACCAGUUGCUUACUGGCCACCGGUCCAUCUGACUAGAGCGGACUGUUAGGCAAGCUCUUUUGUUUUACUGUCCGCAAAGUCACCGUGAAAGACUUUGGCCGAUAUCAGCUGAAAUCGACACCCAGUGCCAAGGGCAUCAUUGUCCCAACUGUGUCCCAUGAGUGGUGAUGGAGUAUUUCUCAAAACAAGAGCCCUGUAGUCAGAUGUGCUUGGAAAUGAUGAUACACCGCCUUUCCCUCUCAGAAAAGUCACCCUACAUAUUAGCAUUUUUAGCCUAUUUGAUCUUCCAACAUCUUUGAGGAUGAGCAUUCCAAGGAACACAGCUUGGGAAAAACCAGCCCAUAAUGUACCAUAAUUUACCAACAAGUAAUCCGAUCCAAAAAAGGAAAGGCUGCCACUAUGAGCUCAUUUCUUCUCGGUGUCCUCAUGUUAAUAUUCUUAGUUAUUCUCCCUAUCUUUUUUAAUUGUUUGUAAUUAGCCACUUAAUGAUCCAUUCUGGAAUGUUUGUAUUUUUUUCUGGACAUCACAUCAAGCUUACCAGCCUGGCGUUUCCUGAAUCUUGUUGGGUUUUUUCCCCUCGUUUUGUAAAUGCAUAAAUUACUUGCCUGAAUCUCUUAAUCUUUCACCUCCCCCAGGCACGUGAUCUUUUCAGUGUCAUCCAAAGCUGUUCUACAAUCAUAUUAAGCAAAUGUUCUCAGGAUUGCAAAACCACACAGAAGAUGGAAAGUCUUGCUGUCUCUCUGGAGGGAAUUCUCUGUCUCUCUCCUUUCUUUUUCUGUAGCCCCCUGUCCAGUGCCAGGCCUCUCAGCAGCGCCUUUAAAUAACAAAAGCCUACCCUUUUUUUUUUUUUUUGGCCACACCUCACAGCUUGUGGGAUCUUAGUUCCAGACCAGGGCUGGAACUCAGGCCCCCUGCAGUGGAAGCACAGAGUCCAAACCACUGGAGCGCCAGGGCAUUCCCAAAAGCCUACCUUUUAUUCCUCUCAUGAAUCAUUUGUGUUUGAAUCAGAAUUCUGUGCCUUGGGAGCCCCCAUCCUGCUUGAAUCACUAGAAUCCCUGACCUUGGAAUCAUCCCUCUUUCCUCUAAACACCUGCCAACUGCUUUCCCCGAGCCCGAGUACAUGCCCGGUGGUGCGGUGUCUUGUCCUUCCCCGCUCUGAGCUCCAGCAUGAUGAGUGACACGGGGCGCAUCCUGAACUGCCCAGUGCCUCAGUCACCUCAUCUGCAAAAUGAGGAGAAUCAAAGGGUGUCACCCAGGACAGUGCCAGGCACAGAGUGAGCCCAUAAUGUGGGUUAGAGGACAUGACUGCUAUUAAUAAGAACAUUAUUGAAAUCAUACCUUUAAAUAUUCCUUAACGUUUACGUCAGGAAACAUGGUAUGAGGCACCCGUUUUGACCAAAAAGAGAAAUAUUUCAACGAGUUCAUGAUUCUCUGACCACCCAUUCACUGACAAAACCCAAACAUUUUAUGAAAGAAAAGGAAAAGUACAGCCCACUGAAAACCUGCUUUUGUCAGUCAUUUUAGGUUUUUUUAAACAGAGUUCUCGCAUUUAAACCUGGCAAGUUUUCAGUGAGAGUGUUGAAAGGCUCUUUUCCCCUUUCACAGACGGAAGGUGAAGGUUCAGAGACGUGAAGAAACUUGCCCAAAGUCGCUCAGCUAGUAAAUAACAGGAAGGAAGUAACAUCUAAGCCCACUUCCUGCAGAUUAAUCCCAUAGGUAAGAGAAGGCAUGGGGAAAGGGAGUCCACCUGACAGCGUUCUCAGACGGCCUGAAACACAGAGAGACUUACACAGAGGGUGUUGAUCGCUGGAUUCUCCCACAAUUCACUGCCUGUGUAAAGCAGUGUCCACCAUCCUUCCCCAUUUCUCCCUCUUGUUGAGUCACAAAAGCAUCAUUUGAAUUUUGUCACCAUCAGCCAGGUGUGCCCGUGAAACCUCCUUGUCUAAGAUGCUAAGAUAUCUGGGUUGGGAUCCCAAGGAGACCCAGGCAGUGUCCCCCGAGGGUUCAUCACAAUGUCACCAGCCAUGCCAGGGUGGGUCCCCCUGGGACUCUGAGACAGGGGCUCGCUCCUUCCUGAUGAUGACAUUUCAGAGGAAUGGCUUUCAGGUCCUUGAGAGAGACACUCCUAGAUCAUAGGAGAUACAUGCAGGUCUCAAAGGGACAGAAGAAAGAUUUACAGUCCUGAGCUUUUUAUGAAAAAGCACUAAGAAAGGAAGGUCAAGUGUUGGCAGAACAAAGGUGAAUUGUUUUGGUAGCCUUGAGUUUUUCCAGAGAGGAGCUCAAGGGUGGUCCCAGAGCUCAGCGGUAAGCUGCUGACGGCCACACUAGCGAUGAGGAGGUCUCCGAGGGCAGGGGAUCACGUGGGGUCGUCUGUGCAGUUCUCAGUACAAAACACGGUAGCGCGUAUUUCACUGGGGCUCUGGGGCCCAGGGAGUCCUCUCUUCUGCCUCAAGAGGUUUAUCCAGAACAGGGAGCUGCAUGUUACCCUGCGAGUAGACAAAGCGGAUCAGGGUUCUUGCGGCGGCUGCUUUCUGUGUGUCUCAGCAGUCAUGCCAGAAACCCAACUUGGAGGAAGACAGGAAAGGGUGAGACUUGGAAACCUCGGGAUCCUCGAACAGCCUGUGCUUCCUCAUCAUGCCUUCUGAGACAAACGUGCGGGCCCCCCAACGAGGAGGGGUUACCGUUGGAUUGUGAUGGUGAGAAGGGCAUUCAGGUCCGUGUCCCCCAGUCUGUGCGUGACGAGAAUAUGACCCAGC